AUGGCCUUAACGCAACCUUUAGUGCAACUGCCAGGGAAGCGACGGUUAAGACUUUCAGUGCCAAACGUCAGUGUGUAUGUUCGGUCCACAAAGAUGCAACGCAAAGAAGAAAGCAAGGUUCCCUCCACAGGUCCAGGCAAGCACGUUUCUUCUUGUGCUUCCUCCAUGCAUCUCUGCAAGACGUACUGCACCGUUGCUCUCCUCUCACCCACGUUUGAGGGACAUGGCAGGAAUCCAGGUGGCAGAUGCAGCACGUUUCUCGUGACUCGCUGGGACAAAACAGAGACUGUUGUUGGAAGGUGGUUAAAAGGGACCUACCUGGCCAUGAACUACACCCGAGCUUUGAAGCGCCCUUCGUUGCGCCUCAGGGCCUGCCAGCGCCCUCUGACAGGACCGGCCACCGGGAGCGGCCCGCAGCCUUACCGCGGGUUAAUUAAGGGAAUGCAUGCCGUCUAUACGGUUCGUAUAGGCUUCGCCCUGGGGUUAGCUGAUAAAGCACCUUUGUCGAAGAGUCUGUUAUUAGUCCCAAGUGCCAUCUCAAUUCUGUUGACUCUGCUCUUCCAACAUUAUCAGAAGUUCUUCGCAUAUAACCUACAAGCUAUAAAAGAGGAUUUUCAGAUUUGGAGGCUUGUAUGUGGGAGAACAAUAUGUCUUGAUUUGAAAGACACAUUCUGCAGCAGUCUGCUCAUUUACAACUUUAGAAUAUUUGAAAGAAGAUAUGGCAGCAGAAAAUUUUCGUCCUUUUUACUGGGUGCUUGGAUGCUCUCAGCUUUGUUUGAUCUUCUCCUUGUAGAAAUUGCUCAGUAUAUAUUUGGCAUCACCAUCAACAGCUUGCCUUCUGGUUUCUUGGGUCCUGUGUUUGCGCUGUUUGUACCAUUUUAUUGUUCCAUUCCAAGAGUGCAGGUGACACAAGUAUUAGGCCACUUUUCUAUCACAAACAAGACACUGGUCUACAUACUGGGUUUACAGCUCUUAACCUCUGGUUCCUAUAUCUGGAUUUUAGCCUUAAGUGGACUGGUUUCUGGGAUUUGCUACAAUAGCAGUAUAUUAAAAGUUCAUCGAAUUCUUCGUGUACCCAGCUGGGUAGCACGGAUAUUUUCUUGGACUCUUGAACCAAUCUUCUCAUCUGCGGAACCCACGAAUGAAAUUAGACUGGGAAUGGGAGCAACAGUUGACAUCCAGAGGCAGCAGAGAAUGGAGUUACUGGAUCGUCAAAUCAUGAUGUCUCAGGUUGCCCAAAUGAGGCGGCAAAGGCAGCAGCAGGGUGGGAUGAUUAACUGGAAUAGACUGUUUCCUCCUUUACGUCAUAGACAUAAUGCGAAUUAUCAAGAUCAUCGCCCGACUGAACAAGACACACCUCCACCUACCGAGGUUUCUGAAGAGCAGGUUGCACGACUUAUGGAAAUGGGAUUUUCCAGGGGAGACGCUCUAGAAGCUCUGAGGGCUUCAAAUAAUGACUUAAAUGUAGCCACUAAUUUUCUACUGCAGCACUGAUGGUUUUCUGUGUGAAGGAACUUUACGUGAUGGGUUUGUACACGUCUGAAAGAGGAUCAAAGCCACCUGCUGGACAGACUCACAAAGGUCGUCCCCACAAGAGCAUCAGAAAAGAGAAACUGGCUCCGCGUGACUGGUGAUUCAAAGUGAUGUUAAUGAAUGACGUGAACUGUUCCCAAGCCUUCAGAUCACUUGGUUUCUAGUCUGGUUAUCCUUUUCAAAGUAACUUUAGUUUCUACUUAUUACUGGAUAUCACCUAAAUUUAUUUUUAAAAUAAAGUAGGUGGGUUUUUUUCUUGUAAAUCCUUGUUAGACAUGUUAUCAGGCUUAAUGACUAGGAAAAGAAGCUCCAACCACCACAACAACUAGGUUUACCUGUCAAGAAAAAUCACAUUUUCUUCAUCUACCAAUCUAAUUUCUCUACCUUACAUGUACUUGAUUUUUGAUUACAGUAAUAAGAGGUUUGAAGAUCAUUUCAUUUUCAACUCAGUAAAGGGUUAUGGGACUAUUAUGUCAUUCUUCAGAAAGUUUUAUUAAUGCCUGUAAUAUUUUAUUUCUUGAAUUCCUUUUCAAAUAAAAGUUGUCAUUUAGCACAUAAUA